AUGCCUCCAAAACAACAAUUGUCCAAGGCUGCCAAGGCCGCUGCCGCUAUGGCCGGUGGUAAGAAGUCUAAGAAGAAGUGGUCCAAGAAGUCCAUGAAGGACAAGGCCGCUCACGCCGUCAUCCUAGACCAAGAGAAGUACGACAGAAUCUUGAAGGAGGUCCCAACAUACAGAUACGUCUCCGUGUCUGUCUUGGUUGACAGAUUAAAGAUUGGUGGUUCUCUAGCCAGAGUUGCCCUAAAACACUUGGAAGCUGAAGGUAUCAUCAAGCCAGUCUCCAAGCACUCCAAGCAAGCUAUCUACACCAGAGCUGCUGCCGAAUAA